ACUUGGUAAACCCAAAGUGUUGUGUUUCGAUGUGACUUUAUUGGGGAGACUUUGGCAUUUACUUCAGCUGCCGCUUUGAUAGCAUACUCCAUUUCCUGGUUGUGCGUUGCUUACAAAUUGAACCACUCUGUCAACAUAUACUUAGUAUUUUGUUUGAUAAACCACAUAAAUAAAUAAAAAGCAGAAAUCCGAAGAAUGGCAACCGGAUACCGAACACUGUCAAAACAACUAAAACAAAUUGCUCAAGAUGAAUUAAACGAGGUUGACGAUCGGGUGGAUGACGAUGUCAAGUACAUUCAAGAGUGGAUGAAGAAGCAAGCUCACAUGGACUUUACAAUAGAAGACCAGCAAGUGUUGUCAUUUCUUCGCUGCGCCAAGUUCAGCUUGGAAAGAGCCAAAGAAAAAAUUGAUAGGUAUUUCACCAUGAAAGGUUUCUUACCCGAUAUGUAUUGUAACAGGGAUCCGUUUUUACCAGAAAUGCAGCGUCUCCUCGACGCCGGAAUAAUGAUUCCAUUACCAAAAGUGGACGAACGUGGGUCUAGGAUAGUAGUGAGCACUUAUGGAAAAAACCUUAAUCCUGACACGAUGAGCGCACAGGACAUUGCCAAAAUUAGUUAUAUGAUCGGAGACAUACUUCUUAAAGAAGACGACCACGCAAUCAUUGGCGGUUUGAAUAUUGUCAUGAUUUGUAAAGACGCACAACUCCAGUAUCUGCCCGAAUUAACUCCUUCAUUCCUCAAACAGCAAGCCGAAGUUGUACUUAAUGCUCCAUUUAGAGUUGCCGGGUUAUAUUUUAUAGAUUGUCACCAAAUUUUCGCCUUUGCUUUUGAGAUGACUAGUUUUCUGCUUUCGAAAAAGAUAAAGGAUAGGGCGGCCAUAUUUAGUGAAGCCAAUUCACAUGAAAUACAUAGGAUAAUUCCAAAGGAUUUGUUUCCAGAAGAACUAGGUGGCAGUAAUGGGUCCCUAAAAGAGUUAACCGUCGAGUGGAAAAAGAAAGUGGAAAGUUACAGGGAAUGGUUUCUUGAGGGUGAAAAGUUAAGAACCAAUGAAAAACUGCGGCCUGGAAAACCUAAAACGUCUUCAGACAUCUUGGGCACUGAGGGUUCCUUUAGACAAUUGAAUAUUGAUUAAAUCUAUCGUUGUCCAUUUUUAACUUGAUGUUUUAAAUAAUAAGCUAAGCGCGUUUUAAAUGUAACCCUACUAAUAA